GCGAUGGCCACCGUGGUGGUGGAAGUGGACUCGGAGCCCUCCUGCAGCAUCCCCAACGCCCCCUCGCCCAGCCUCUCCCACCGCUUUCUGGACAGCAAGUUUUACCUGCUGGUGGUCAUCGGCGAGCUGGUGACCGAGGAGCACCUGCGGCGGGCCAUCGCCAACAUCGAACAAGGAAUUCGAUCAUGGGACACAAACUUGAUUGAAUGCAACUUGGAUCAAGAACUGAAACUUUUUGUGUCUCGCCAUUCAGCUCGAUUCUCUCCUGAAGUUCGAGGUCAGAAGAUUCUUCACCACAGAAGUGAUGUCUUAGAAACUGUAGUCCUGAUCAAUCCCUCAGAUGAAGCAGUUAGUACUGAGGUGCGCUUAAUGAUCACAGACACUGCAAGACACAAGCUCCUCGUACUAACUGGACAGUGCUUUGAAAACACAGGAGAACUCAUUCUUCAGUCAGGGUCCUUCUCCUUCCAGAACUUCAUUGAGAUCUUUACGGAUCAAGAGAUUGGCGAAUUAUUGAGCACCACGCACCCUGCCAACAAAGCCAGCCUAACUCUUUUCUGCCCUGAGGAAGGGGACUGGAAAAACUCCAACCUUGACAGACACAACCUUCAAGACUUUAUUAACAUUAAACUCAACUCAGCUUCCAUAUUGCCUGAAAUGGAAGGACUCUCUGAAUUCACAGAGUAUCUGUCAGAAUCAGUAGAAGUGCCAUCACCUUUUGACAUUUUGGAACCUCCAACCUCAGGAGGCUUCCUGAAACUCUCCAAACCCUGCUGUUAUAUUUUCCCAGGGGGAAGAGGGGACUCUGCAUUGUUUGCAGUGAAUGGAUUCAACAUGCUUAUCAAUGGAGGAUCCGAAAGAAAAUCUUGCUUUUGGAAACUUAUCCGGCACUUGGACAGGGUAGAUUCCAUUCUGCUCACUCACAUCGGAGAUGACAACCUGCCAGGAAUCAAUAGCAUGCUUCAGCGAAAGAUAGCCGAACUAGAAGAGGAACAGUCCCAAGGGUCUACUACCAACAGUGACUGGAUGAAAAAUCUGAUCUCACCUGAUUUAGGAGUUGUGUUCCUUAAUGUACCUGAGAACCUCAAGAACCUGGAUCCUAACUUUAGAGUAAAAAGGAGUGUAGAAGAAGCUUGUUUUACUCUCCAGUAUUUAAAUAAAUUGUCUAUGAAGCCAGAACCUCUUUUCAGAAAUAUGGGAAAUACCAUUGACCCCAUCAUUUUAUUUCAGAAAAUGGGGGUUGGUAAACUUGAGAUGUAUGUGCUUAAUCCUGUCAAAAAUAGCAAAGAAAUGCAAUAUUUUAUGCAGCAGUGGAGUGGUACUAACAAAGAUAAAGCUGAAUUCCUGCUACCGAAUGGCCAAGAACUAGACAUUCCAUUAUCCUACUUCACCUCUGUCUCGUCCCUGAUUGUGUGGCAUCCAGCUAAUCCUGCAGAAAAAAUAAUCCGAGUUCUGUUUCCUGGAAACAGCACCCAAUAUAAUAUUCUAGAAGGACUAGAAAAACUCAAACACUUGGACUUCCUUAAACAACCAAUGGUUACACAAAAAGACCUAACUGGGAACAUUGCUAGUCCAGCUGUGAAACAAGCAAAGUUGAAACAACGAACAGACAGCAAGGAGAGUCUCAAGCCUGCUGCAAAGACACCACCAAGCAAGCCUAUCAGAAAAGAAUCUAAAGAAGAAACACCAGAGCCUGCGAAGCCUAGUCCAGCACCAGAAAAGCCUCAGAAGUUGGAAAGCAAAGAAAAAGUUCCAAUUAAAAAAGAGAAACCAGCAAAAGUGGAGACCAAACCUAUAGUGGCGGAAAAAGACACAGCAAGUAAGGAAGAACAAUUAGUAAAAUCUGAAACUCCUGAAAAACAAACUACAGAUGUAAAACCAAAAGUGUCAAAGGAGAAGCCAGUGAAAAAGGAAGUCAAAGCAAAACCUGAAGAAAAGAAAGAGGAAAAAGAAAAACCAAAGAAAGAGGUUUCUAAAAAAGAGGAGAAAACACCCAUCAAAAAAGACGAAAAGCCCAAAAAAGAAGAGAUCAAGAAAGAAGUUAAAAAAGAUGUGAAAAAGGAAGAGAAGAAGGAAACUAAGAAGGAAGUAAAGAAAGAAGCUCCAUCAAAGGAAGCUAAAAAAGAAGUUAAAAAAGAAGAGAAGAAGGAAGAAAAAGAAGCCAAAAAGGACAUCAAAAAGGUUCCUAAAGAAACAAAGAAGACAGCCACUCCUUUGACUGAAGCCAAAAAGCCAGCAGCAAAGCCUAAACCACAAAAGAAGGAGGAACCUGCUAAAAAAGAAGCAGUACCUGCUGGAAAGCCAAAGGAAAAAGGAAAAGUUAAGACUGUGAAGAAGGAGAUCAAAGUCAGUGGAGCACAAGCUGCCCUUGCAGCAGUUGGAGUCGCUGCCACAACUGUAGCAGCUGUAGCAGCUGCAGAAAUUACAGCCGGUGGAAACGAACUUGAAGCGGAGAGAUCUCUUAUGUCUUCACCAGAGGAUUUAACAAAGGAUUUUGAAGAACUAAAAGCUGAAGAAGUAGAAACAAUAAAAGAAACAAAACCUCAAGUUGCACUUAUAGAGGAUGAACUGAAACUCACUGGCACAGUACAAAAAGAGGUCUUUGAAGUACAAAAAGAAAAAUUAGAUAAUGAAGGACCUGCUGAGUCCUCUGAUGAAGGCAUAACUACCACAGAGGCUGAGGGUGAGUGUGAACAGACACCCGAAGAAUUGGAACCUGUGGAAAAGCACAGGGUUGAUGACAAUGAAAAGUUUGAAGAUGAGGGAACUGGCUUGGAAGAAUCAUCUGAAGCAGGAGAUUAUGAGGAAAAGGCAGAGACAGAAGAAGCUGAAGAACGAGGUGAAGACGAAGAAGAAAAGACACCACUGGACACCACAAAACCAUAUAUGGAGGAACCACGAAAAAUUGAAGAAAGCUCAGAAGAAAUAAUGGCUGAAGCAGAUGCUAACAUUAAAGAUGAAAAGUAUAUUGAAAAGGCAGAUUAUGAGGCAUCAGAUGAACGGGCUGAGGAAGACCGGGAAGAAGCAAUAGAAAAGGCAGAAACUGAAGAGACUGAAGAAGAUGAGGAAGACAAAGCAGAAGACAUCAGAGAUGAAGAGGAAACUGAAAAAAUAGAAGCUGAAGAAGAUUAUGUGAUGGCUGUGGUAGACAAAGCUGCAGAAGCUGCUGAAGUUGAAGAUAAAUAUGGCCUACUCAUAAUUACACCAACAAAACACUCAGAGCCUCAGUCUCCAGCAGUUGAACCAGGCUCUUCUAUCCAUGAUGAGACAUUACCUGGUGGUUCAGAAAGUGAAGCCACUGUUUCUGAUGAAGAAAAUAGAGAAGAUCAACCUGAGGAAUUCACUGCUACUUCAGGUUACACACAGUCUACCAUCGAAAUAUCCAGUGAACCAACUCCAAUGGAUGAAAUGUCGACACCCCGGGAUGUCAUGAGUGACGAAACUAACAAUGAGGAAAGCGAGUCACCCUCUCAGGAGUAUGUGAACAUUACCAAGUAUGAGACAUCACUGUACUCUCAAGAGUUUGGCAGACCUAAACUUUCUCCACUUCCAGAUGCUUUUAAUGGAUUAUCUGAAGCAUCCAAAACAGAGGCCACAGAAGGUAAAGACUAUAAUGCCUCAGCUUCCACCAUCUCACCACCUUCUUCAUUAGAAGAAGACAAAUUCUGCAAAUCUGCAUUCCAAGAUGUAUACCGGCAAAAAGAAAGUGAAAUCCAAGGCACUGCCAAAUUAGAAAUCAAAGAACCCUAUCAAGAAGAUGUUGGUGGAAAACGUAGUCCAGCCAAGAGUCCAGCUGACAGUUUGUCCCCUCCAUCACCUGUUGCCAAAACACCAUUGAGUGAACGUAGUGUGAACUUUUCGCUCACUCCCAAUGAGAUCAAGGUCUCAUCUGAGCCUAUCCCCGUUGCUACAUUGCCUGAUGUACGUCAAGAAGUUGCUGAAGAGCACUGUGCAAGCCCUGAAGAUAAAACAUUAGAAGUAGCAUCUCCCUCACAGUCUGCCGCUGGUAGUGCUGGCCAUACACCUUAUUAUCAGUCUCCCACUGAUGAAAAGUCCAGUCAGCUUCCCUCUGAAACCAGUGAAAAGUCAGCAGAAGCUCCUGUUAGCUUUGAAUUCAGUGAAGUCAAAGAUGAGUCUGCAAAACCCAGAAUAAGCCCUAUGGAUGAGCCUGUGCCAGAUUCAGAAUCUCCUAUUGAAAAGGUUCUCUCGCCUCUACGGAGUCCACCACUGAUAGGUUCAGAGACCACUUAUGAUACAUUUUUGAGUGCUGAUUUAAAGUCUCCCACCAGAGAUUAUGGAAGUCCUUCUGAGGGGAAACCUGAAAAAGAAAAAUCACCUGUUCAGAUGAGCCCAGCUUCUGAAGCCAGCUCUGUGGGCCUUUUCCAAGAAAAACAAGAUGAAAAAAGCAUGGAGUUUAUGGUAAUUAAGGAAAGCUUCAGCCUAGAAAGGAAAAUGGAGGAUACAGAACCCAGCAGCUCCCAGUCUUCACUGGUCUUGGAUGAGCGGAAGUUAGCAGGUGAUCUCUCACCUACUCAAAUAGAUAUCAGUCAGUUCGGUUCUUUAAAAGAAGAUACCAAAAUGUCAAUUUCUGAAGGCACUGUUUCUGACAAGUCUGCAACUCCCGUUGAUGAAGUUGUAGCAGAGGACACCUACUCCCAUAUAGAAGGAGUAGCUUCUGUCUCUACAGCAUCUGUUGCUACUAGUUCAUUUCCAGAACCAACCACUGAUGAUGUAUCUCCUUCUUUGCAUGCUGAGGUUGGAUCUCCCCAUUCUACCGAAGUUGAUGAUUCCCUUUCAGUGUCAGUUGUACAAACACCAACAACUUUUCAGGAAACAGAAAUGUCUCCAUCUAAGGAAGAGUGCCCAAGGCCCAUGUCAAUUUCUCCACCAGAUUUCUCACCUAAAACUGCAAAAUCAAGAACGCCGGUACAUGAUCACAGAUCUCCUGAGCAGUCAACUAUGUCAGUAGAAUUUGGUCAGGAUUCCCCUGAGCAGUCUUUAGCAAUGGACUUUAGUAGGCAAUCUCCAGAAUAUCCUACUGUAGGCACUAAUAUACACCAUAUAUCUGAAAAUGGACCGACAGAAGUAGAUUAUAGCCCUUCAGAUAUACAGGAGCCUACUUUUGCACGGAAGAUUUCCCCUGUGGAGCAGUCAUCUUACUCUCAGGAGAAAGAUAUUUCAGAAAUUAUUUCAGUUUCUCAAAUUGAAGCUUCAUCCUCAAGUUCAUCAGCUCAUACACCUUCCCAGGUAACUUCACCACUGCCAGAGGAAACCUUUUCAGGUGCUGUUCCACCCAGAGAUGUGUCACUACAUUCUUCUUUUACCUCAGAAAAGGUGCAGAGCCUAGGAGAAAAGUUGUCACCAAAGUCUGACCUAUCUCCAUUAACUCCAAGGGAAUCUUCUCCUCUGUACUCUCCUAGUUUUCCGGAUUCACCUCCUGCAAUCACAGAAGCGGUGUCAGCUAGUCACGCACCUUCAUUGUCACUGCAAGUGUCCUCUGUCAAAGCAUUUGGUUACCAGGAACCCCUAACAAAGCACAGUCCAGAACCUUCACUCAGCCCAGAAAAAGAAGAUUCAGAGAAAAGCAGCAGGUCACCAGAAGAACUUAGUUAUUCUUAUGAGGCCACAGAGAAGACUACUAGGUCACCAGAGGAUAUUAGCUACUCCUGUGAGGCAGCUGGAAAAUCUACUAGAUCACCUCAGGCCACAGAUUAUUCCUAUGAGACAGCCAGGAAAACUACUAGGUCACCUGAGGCCACAGAUUAUUCCUAUGAGAUAAUUGCAAAAAAUAUGAGGUCAUCUGAGGCCACAGAUUAUUCUUAUGAGAUGACAGGGAAAACUACCAGGUCACCAGAGGCCACAGAUUAUUCCUACGAGACAACAGGGAAAACCACUAGGUCUCCUGGGGACACAGAUUAUUCCUAUGAGAUAACAGGGAAAACCACCAAAUCACCUGAGGCCACAGAUUAUUCCUAUGAGAUAAUUGGGAAAACCACCAAAUCACCUGAGGCCACAGAUUAUUCCUAUGAGAGAACUGGGAGAGCUACUAGAUCACCCGAUACUAUGGAUUACUCCUACGAGACAACAGGGACAACCACUAAGUCACCAGAAGCCAUUAGCUACUGCUAUGGGACAACUGGGAGAACCACCAGGUCACCAGAGGCCAUGGCUUACUCCUAUGAGACAACUGGGAAAGCCUCCCAUUCACCUGAAGCCACAGAUUACUCGUUUGAGACAACUGGGAGAGCUACCAGAUCACCCGAAGCUACUAGCUAUUCCUAUGAAGCGAGUGCACAUUUCACUCCAGGAAAAUCGUUAGCAGAAUCCCGUCAAGAUGUUGACUUAUGCCUUGUGUCCUCUUGCGAAUAUAAACAUCCCAAAACUGAACUUUCACCCUCAUUUAUCAACCCAAACCCCCUUGAGUGGUUUGCAAGUGAAGAACAGUCUCAAGAUCAAGAGAAGCCAUUAACUCAAUCCGGGGGAGCUCAGCCACCUUCUGGAGGAAAGCAGCAAGGGCGGCAGUGCGAUGAAACACCUCCCACAUCCGUGAGCGAGUCUGCCCCAUCUCAGACUGAUUCGGAUGUUCCCCCAGAGACUGAGGAAUGUCCUUCCAUCACUGCAGAUGCUAACAUUGACUCGGAAGAUGAGUCAGAAACCAUUCCAACGGACAAGACAAUUACGUACAAACACAUUGACCCACCGCCUGUCCCAAUGCAGGAUCGCAGCCCUUCCCCUAGGCACCCUGAUGUUUCCAUGGUUGAUCCAGAGGCUCUGCCUGUUGAUCAGAAUUUAGGUAAACCUUUGAAGAAGGACCUCAAAGAAAAGACAAAGACAAAAAAGCAGGGUACUAAGACCAAGUCGUCUUCUCCUGUUAAAAAAAGUGAUGGUAAAUCAAAACAAGUGGCUUCACCAAAGCCAGCUAUAAAAGAAUCUUUAGACAAAAUUUCCAAAACAGCUUCUCCAAAAAAGAAGGAUUCUGUGGAGAAGGCAACCAAAAAUAUCUCUAAUCCAGAAGUAAAGUCUCGAGUGGAAGAGAAAGAUAAGGACACCAAGAAUGCAGCAAAUACAACAACAUCCAAGUCAGCAAAGACUGCAACCACAGGACCUGGGAAUACUAAGGUGGCAAAAUCUACAGCAGUGCCUCCAGGACCUCCGGUGUAUUUGGAUCUGGUGUACAUUCCCAACCACAGCAACAGCAAGAACGUCGACGUUGAGUUUUUCAAGAGGGUGCGGUCAUCCUACUACGUGGUGAGCGGGAACGAUUCUGCAGCCGAGGAGCCAAGCAGGGCUGUUCUGGACUCCCUGCUGGAGGGCAAGGCACAGUGGGAGAGUAACAUGCAGGUGACCUUAAUCCCAACCCAUGACUCAGAAGUGAUGAGGGAAUGGUACCAAGAGACCCAUGAGAAACAGCAGGACCUCAACAUCAUGGUUUUGGCAAGCAGCAGCACUGUUGUUAUGCAAGAUGAAUCUUUUCCUGCAUGCAAGAUUGAACUGUAAGAACGAGACCAUGCACCACAAGAUUAAACUUUGUUUCCAGAAAUUCUUCAGUUUGAAAACACCUUUUCUAAAAAUUCAACCCAUCUAUUUCGACUGCUGAACUAUAUACCUGCCAAAUGCUAUACUGUGUCACAGUGAUGCAAGUCACUAAUAUUUUUCAGUCUUUGCUGAUUGCUAAGGGAAAUAACAGUAUUCCCAUAGUAGGGUUCAAAUUACUGCGAAAAUACAGAUCCAGUUUCAUCUCUGCUGAACGUUUGGAAACCAUGCACUAGCAACCCCACCUGACUUCUGCCAGGUAGAGGCAUUUGCCAUCUAAAGAAACACAAAGAGAGAGAAAGAGAGGGAGGGGUAGGAGGAGAAAGUAACAAAUAAUUAGAUCUGCAUUAGUCUCAUGGCAAUAGAUGUAUCGCUUACUGCAGUGUGCUUAUGCUCUCACAUGAAAAUAUAGUUUUGAAUUUGUAUCCAUCUGAGCUAUCGUAAGGGGGAUUCUUUUUUUAUAGAAUUAAGUUAGCUGGAAAAUAAAAAGAAACAGAAUGUGGCUAGGAAGGGACAUACAACCUAAACACUCAUCGGCAGUUUUCCACUUUAAUUUGAACUCUGCAUACUGACAUACCAUAACAAUCAUAGGCCAAGUAUGCACAUAGUCUGCACCCCAUCCAGAAGUCUAAAACUUUUCUUUCAACAUGCAGAAUUGUUGGUCUAAGGCAUGCUCCCAGUGAAAGUCCACUCACUCCAGCCCGAACUGACCAGUCCACAUGCUUGAACACCCAUGUCCACUGUCGAUUACCUGAAGCAAAAUACCAAAGCGGUUGGGAGUACAUACAGUAGACAAUUUGCCUUAGAAAGUGACUUGAAUGUACAAAGAAACUUGAUGUACUUAUUUUUUAAUGUUGAGACAGCAGAUUUAUAAAACAUCUGUGUAGGAUCAUAGUUACACCAGUAAAGAAGUGUGAGUGUGCAUGUGUGGUACUAGAAACCUAUCUGACUGGUCAAACGGCUUGGUGCUAUGAAUUAAAUAUGUUAGCUAUGUGAACGCUUCAUUGAUGCACCUGGACAGUUCAACAAGGCACGAUGAGCAUUUUUUUGAAAGCUGCUUUUGUACUGUGGAAGCAAGAUUGAAGUGGUGUCCAGUAUCAGAGUUACAAAACUUAGUGAAAUUUGCAGAAUGAUGAAAAAGGUUACCUGCGAGCCUGUACAGUCUUCAACCUUCCUUUGUCUUACCUUAUUUUAUUUGUUUAAUUUAAGAGUGAAUAUGGGAACAAAUGUACAGAAACCUUUUUUUUAGUGGUGCGUGAACUUUUAAUAGAUGAAUUUUUAACAAAUGUUUUCAUUUACAGGAAAAUGCAAAGAAAAAUUUUUCAGGUGAAGGCAAUUUUUUUAGUAGUUUUGUAAGAUAAAUGAAUAAUGUUGUUUAAGGUUCUAGUGAGAAUGGAUAUUGAGGUAAAAUUUAUUUAAAAUAGUCAACUGCC